ACGUCUGACAGGAAGUAAAUAAACUACCUUCCCGCGCAGUCAAAAAUUAUUCUCCCCAAGAAGCCGCUGACGCAUUGUGGAAUAAAUCAAAAAUAUGGAUGAACUUUAUCUGGAUAAUAUCGACGAAUACGUCAACGACCACAACAAGAUAGUAACUUAUAAGUGGCUGAGUCUCACUCUUGGAGUACAUGUGAACACAGCAAAACAAAUGCUCUACCAUUACCUAGACCACAAGAGGAAGGAGAGUGGAGCUCAACUCCAUGCCACCUACCUGGUGUCAGGGAAGUUUGUGGACAACGGCCAAACGAGUCACAAGGUGUCAGUGGUCAGAGAGGAGCAGCUGGAAGAUUUCAAAUCCAAGAUGAACCUGGUGGUCAGCGUUCAUGUGUACAGCGUCCAAAAGGCUUUGCUCAAAGACAGCGGCCCCCUCUACAGCGUGGACUACGACGCCGUCAGAGAGAACCUGAAAACCUGCAGCAGAUACAGUGCCAUCCGCUGCCCCAGUGCCGUCCCCAUGUCGUCUUUGGAGCUGCAGCAGGUCAGAGAACAGCAGCAGAUUUCUACAUCACACCACGAAAACAAAAAACCAACCACCAACGGUGACACCAGCCUGACCUCCAAGCCCUCCACCAAGGCGCCCAAAGGCAUCAUGGGAAUGUUUUCAAAUAAACCCGCUCAGAAGAACCAUGACGGCAGCGCAGAGGUCAAAGCAGAUCCACCUGUGGUUGAUGCUCCCAAAAGCAAGCCAGCGGCGAAGGCCAACCCCAUGAUGAACUUCUUUGGGAAUCAAACAACGAAAAAACCCGACAAACCUGUAAAAGAGGAAGAACCCAUCCCACCUGCUUCAACAAAACAGCAGCAACAUUCAAGUUCAAAGACGGCAGAGAAACAGGAAGCUGCAGCAGUCGAGUCACCGAAGGAUGUGAAGGCAGACUCCAGGAGUAAAACUAAGCGAAUCCAGGACUCUGACAGUGAGGAGGAAAGAAUGGAGAAGAAAAAGAGGCGAAGGAUUAAGAGACCUGAACCAGACAGCAGCGACGAAGACGUCAUUCCAGAUUCUCCACAGCAGACGGACACACGACAAGCAUCAAAGAGCCCCGAAAAGGAGGCGGAGUCUGCUGCACGUCCACAGGACUGCACUGGGGGGAAGGUCAGGAAACGGAGGCGUGUCCUUAAAUCUCGGACUUUUGUGGACGAUGAAGGAUGCAUCGUCACAGAGAAAGGAUAUGAGAGUGAAUCCUACUCUGAAGCUGAAGACGACGUUCAAACCUCGAAGCAAACACCCAAAGCCCCCACCCCUCCAAAAGUUAGUAACAAAGAGGAGGAGAAGAAGAGUCAGAAGAAGAGCAACGCAAGCAAAGGAACGAAACAAGCUUCCAUUAUGGGAUUCUUCCAGAAGAAAUGACCGGAUUUCUGAGGUUUUUAAUCAACACUGAGGACACUGUCAACACACACCGACAGGAGCAUGUACUGACCACAAGUCUGAGCUCAACUGAAUAAACACUGAUGGAAAUGAACGCUGAUGUGUACGUCUGUGUUAAAGCUGUGUUAGGGAUGGAAGCACACGAACAUUUCACAUCAUGGUUAUUGGGACCAAAAUUAUCACGGUUAUUAUUAUUAUCGCAGUAUUGUUGA